GACCGGAGCAGCCGCCGCCGUCGCUGCCGUCGGGGUGGGGACAGCGCCAUGGCCGAGAGAUACGACGUGGUCGUGGUCGGCGGCGGCAUCUCAGGUCUCUCGGCAGCCAAACUGCUGACUGAGUCAGGCUUGAAUGUGGUGCUACUGGAAGCUAAUGACAGAGUUGGAGGAAGAACUUUCACUAUAAAGAAUAAACAGGUUAAAUAUGUGGACCUCGGAGGAGCAUAUGUGGGACCAACACAAAAUCGUCUCCUGCGGUUAUCCAAAGAGCUGGGAAUAGAGACAUAUAAAGUGAAUGAAGUUGAACACCUGAUCCAUCAUGUCAAGGGUAAAUCUUACCCUUUUAAAGGUCCAUUCCCACCUAUGUGGAAUCCUUUGGCCUACCUGGACUACAACAACCUGUGGAGGACCAUGGAUGAAAUGGGAAAGGAGAUUCCCAGUGAAGCUCCAUGGAAGGCUCCACAUGCAGAAGAAUGGGACAAAAUGACUAUGAAAGAUUUCAUAGAUAAAAUUUGCUGGACAAAGGCUGCCAAGAAUUUUGCAACUCUGUUUGUGAAUGUAGACGUCACUUCUGAACCCCACGAGGUCUCUGCCCUUUGGUUUUUGUGGUACGUGAAGCAAUGUGGGGGAACAGCCAGGAUAUUCUCAACAACCAAUGGAGGGCAGGAAAGGAAGUUUAUUGGAGGCUCUGGCCAGAUUAGUGAGAAAAUGAUGGAACGACUGGGAGGCCGAGUGAAGCUAGGGAAGCCAGUAGUCCGCAUUGACCAGUCGGGAGAAAAUGUCAUAGUAGAAACUUUAGAUCAUGACUUAUAUGAGGGCAAAUACGUGAUCAGUGCCAUUCCCCCAGCUCUUGGUUUGAAGAUUCAUUUCAACCCACCUUUGCCCCCAAUGAGAAAUCAGUUGAUCAACCGAAUCCCCAUGGGCUCAGUCAUCAAGUGCAUCGUGUACUAUAAGGAAACUUUCUGGAAGAAGAAGGAUUAUUGUGGUACCAUGAUCAUUGAAGAUGAAGAUGCUGCAAUUAGUCUGACACUCGAUGAUACUAAGCCUGAUGGCAGCUUUCCUGCCAUAAUAGGCUUCAUUCUCGCUCGAAAAUGUAGGAGACUGACGCACCUCACAAAAGAAGAAAGGAAGAAGAAGCUGUGUGAACUUUAUGCAAGGGUUCUGGGAUCAGAGGAUGCUUUGCAUCCAGUGCAUUAUGAAGAGAAGAACUGGUGUGAAGAACAGUAUUCUGGAGGGUGCUACACAGCAUACUUCCCACCAGGCAUAAUGACUCAGUAUGGAAGGAUUCUUCGGCAGCCCAUUGACAGAAUCUAUUUUGCUGGCACAGAGACAGCCACUGAGUGGAGUGGAUACAUGGAGGGGGCUGUUCAGGCUGGAGAAAGAGCAGCCAGAGAGAUACUGUUUGCUAUGAGGAAAAUCCCACACAGUGAAAUUUGGAGGCCAGAACCUGAAUCAAUUGAUGUGCCAGCUCUGCCCAUUACUACAACCUUCUGGGAGAGGAACUUACCAUCUAUACCAGGACUGCUAAAGCUGAUUGGCUUUUCCACUUUCUUCACCUCUGUGACAGCUGCAGGGCUAUUUGCCUACAAAAAAGGACUUCUGGUUCGAAACUGAAAAGAUACUGAUUCCAAAUAACACAUCCAAUGUCAAUGAGAGACAUUGAUGAUACUGAAAUAUAUGUCUAAGCGUUGUCCAUAAUUGGAAUCCAACGUCUGGAUGAGAAACAAGAGGCUUUUGUUGAAAUAAUCUUGCUGCUUCUUCAGUGGGACUAUGAUUUCACUUGGAUAAGCUUUAUAAAAGUGCAAAAAUUUAAAAUCUUUUUGAGAUAUGAAAGAAAAAUAUUUUCGUGGAAGAAGGAAUUCUAUGUCCUACUAGACUGCUCUGAUGCAAAAGGGAGCCAGAAUUAAAUGACAACAGAGCUACCAGUACUCUCUGACAAGAAUUAAACGCACUUAAAAUGCAGAUUACAAGUGCCCACAAAUACACCUUUAAACAAACUAACAUUCCCUCUUACAAUGACCAUGUUGAUCUCAUAGUUUAUUCUUCAAUAAAGAUAAAAACAAGAUGGCCAAAGUGAUCUUACUUUCAAAGUAUCUCUACAAUUAAAUUGUUUAUGCAUUGUCAUAGACUGCAGCUUAUAGUGUGUCUCCUGUGAACAAGUACAGAUCAGUGUUAAGUGGUGCCUGCCUCUAUGUUUUGGGAAAAAAAAAAGUGACUUCACUUUGCAGGAAUAUAUAUGCUGUGUGCGUGAUGAAUUUGUGCCUUUUAUAACUGUAGCAUUUUCUCAAGUGCCUCUGUGGUGACUGUUUCCUUUGAUUUUCUUCUUAAGUUCCUGUUUCAAUAGGCUCUGCAGGUAUUUUUAUCUGACAGUUGUGAACCUUUUUUUAAUUGUAAUUAGAAUCAAUAAAUAUUAUCAUGUCA